GGUGAUGUCAACUACUGGUGCAUCAGGAUUACGCUGCUGGAUAACUAAGUGGUAAAUCCAGCUGGAGUUUCACCAACCACAUCAGCUGACUUGAACAGGAGGAAACUACCUCCAGUUCAAUGUAAUUAAAGUGGCAGAUAGCGAUGUAUUUGAGACAUGACCAACAAGCCCCCCUAGGAUAACUCAAGCCGUUUGUGCAGCAUGGAGCCAGCAGCCGGCUGCUCCCCCACGGUUUCAGAGGCAGAACUGUACCGCAGCGUGCAGGCUAUGCUAUUCAGGCAAACAGAGAGCCAGCAGCCCGUAGACAGUUUCAACAAAGGCAUGCUGAGAUGGACGCUUCAUAAGAAGGUUCAGAACAACCCUGCCAACAGCCUCGCUCUGGUGUGGGUGCUAAUAAAGGAACUGGAGAAGGCUGAGAGAUGGCGAACUCACAACUACAUCAUCCCUCUGCUCCACACACUGAUGUAUGCCAUUGUUCAGGCGGCCUUCAUUCCGGAUGAGCUGUACAAGCGGGUUUAUGACUUUUGUAAAAGACUCCUGACCUACCCUCAUCCCUACUGCGCUGUAGGACUCAGCUACACGAGACAGAUCAAAAUUGAACGCUCCAUCCCAGGUCUGAUGUACCAGAGGAUGAUCACUGCUGAGCAGAGACUGAAAAAUGAGCACUAUCCCUUUCAGGAGAGGGUUUUUGUUUUGGCUGACCCAGAGGUUUUCUCUGGUUCCUUGGAAGAAGUUCUGCUGGGUGAUAUUGAGGCGUCCACGUUAGCCUCAGGUGGCUUUCUAAGUCCUCUUGAUCACAUGCGCAGUGUUGUCCAACACACCAUCCAAGCAGCGUUAGGAGCAGAGCAGUGCCACGGGCCGAAACUGGCUCAGGCCCUGAAGGACAUGGGUCAAGACGUCGAGCCGUACUUUCAGGAAGUGUUGGCAACUCUAGAGCAGAGCGUGGAGGAGGGCGGCAGAGGGGAGGGGGCAGCGCUGAGGAGCCGUCUUCAGCAGCUGCACAGUGAGAUUGUCGCUGACACAGGUUCAGAGCCAUUGUCCAGGGCACCACUGUGUGACUGUGCUCUUCCUAACCCAGAGAUGAGCUUCCACCUGUGGACAGAGGAUCUGGAUAUCUGGCGAGAGCUGGCCAGAUGCCUUCGAUCCAGCUCCACGUCAGAGCAGUUCUCCAUUAACCAGGAGCAAGAGGACUUAGACCUGGGUGAUUCACCCAGCGACCUAAUGCCAUCUGACUUGGCUCGUUUCUCCGUGAUGUCCAACGACAGUGGCAUUGAGAGAGACCUGCCCCCCAGCACUGAUCCCUCCCCAUCAUUAUUUCUGAGUUCACCAUGGGAACAAAGCAAAAGUGAUCAAGACUCAGGAAGGCUUUCAAGGCGUGGAUGCAUCAAGAUGAAACCAUCUGUGAAAGACAGUAUGGUGCUGAUUCAGGAUGCCCUGGAGGACCACGCAAACCUUGGAGGGAGAGGAAGUGGAGGGAGCGGGGGAAGAAGAGGGUCAUCUCUGCUGAGGCAGACAGGAAGCAGUAUGAUGCAGAACCUCUUCACCAAGCAGCAGAGACACUUUACUGCCAGGAUAGUCGCCAUGGGGGAUGACAGGGUACUGGGCCGCCUGGCCCAGGCCUACUACUUCUUUAGGAAAAGGGAAGCACGGAGGCUUUUUCUUACAAUGAAAGUCAACAUAAAGUUUUACUACAUCCCUGUCUGUCGGGCUUUAACUCCCAUCUCACCUGUCAAGGAAAACCAUCCCAGUAAGCAGUCCGAGGGCGAUCCCUGCACUCUUGGUUCCUACUUGAGCUCGGUGGAUCCAUGGUACAGCUGUAACAUCAAGGGUUUGGGCUGCAUGAUCCCUAAAUUGGCCAAAAUGCAACAGGUGAACCCAGGGAAGCCAAAAGAUCCCUUCAUCUCUGAUGUCAUUUCCUACUACGUACGUACCGGCCAGCAGCCUGUUUACUUCACCAUCUACUUUGUUAAGAUUACAUUCACCAGCUUGACAAAGGAUCCUGUGGAAGAUGUGUUCCUCACCUAUCUAGACAUGGAGUUUCCUGAGUUCAGACAGAUCUCAGCAUCAAUGAAAGAUAAACCCAGGAGGAGUUCAGGGGAGGUGUGUGGAGCUGUUGUCACCAUUAAUUACAAAACGGUGACAUUAAGUGGCCGAGACACUGACAAAGGGAUCUCGCUGAGGACAUCAGGCGCUCAGAUCAGUGCUAUUCCCUCCACUGAAGCAGAAGAUCUGAACUGUUUGACAUUGACGUUGAAUGAAUUUCCCACCAAAACUAAAAACAACACUGUGGAGCCAAAGAUUCGUACUAGCAACAUAAAGAUUCGCACUUUGGAGUCUCGAUCUUUCACCGUUACACUGGACAGAGAUCGUCGCAGGACCUACAGUGAUGUGCAGAGCAUCGAGAUCUCCCCGUGCCUCGAUCCUGGCUACUGUGUCCAGAAAACCAUACAAUCCAAAUUCAGACUGGGAAAGGACAAAAACGUUGGACUGAGCAAAUACAUGAGCAAAUGUCUUCCUCUACCAAUAAAUACAUUUGCUGGAAUCACCAACUGACAUGGUGGAGUAACACCACAGAGAAACUUGACAAUUAAGACCAUACACACUGUGUUUUGAUAGUGGCAAUGCGUGUUGUUUCUGUGAUAACAGAAGUUCAGUCUGACACAUGUCAACAAUAUCGCCUCCAGAUCAUACUCGGCUGCUCCUGAAACCAAGCAAUUUUUGUUCUGUCAGUGAGGAUUGAGUGGCGCAUACGGCUAAAAGGCUGUUAAGCCAAAGCAACUGCAGGCCAGAUGCAGCAUAUACUGUACUGGUGUCAGUUCUUGCAGUUGAGGGAAUGACAGUCGGUUGCAUUUACAGCAACAUGAACAGAUUGUGUUACACUGCAGGGUAUGACUGAACUUUUAACAGUGUUUCACUCUUCAUGAGUAGACUGCUGUGCAUAAUUUAAGACAGUCAGUCAAUAUAUGCAGAUUCAAACAGUGCCUAGGAACAGUAUUGCCUCUGACACUGUAGAGACCAGGAAAGAAAAAUAGGUAAGUAGAGAUAUGUACUUACAGUAUAUCAUGCCUUAUAUAACAGUUACUCUUAUAAACACACUACCUUUUACUGCCUUCUUGAAAUAAACACACAUACAGUAUACAAUGCCUCCCUGGCCUGCCAGCUAUUGAAGAGACUGUUGAAAGACUGGUACGAUGACAGCUGACAGUCCACUUUUGGCCACAUCAUUGAAAGAAAUGCACAUUCCCAUACCUGUCACCUAAAGUGAUGUAAGCUUUUAUGAAGUUGCAAAUGAUAGACAGGUUGGGUUUGGUGUUUGGGGACUUGUAGAAAUUUUCUAGAACCACACUAUGUUUGGUGCAGAAGCUAAAACCAUGUGCAAUGUCAGGAAUUGCUACUGAACAAAAGCAACUUUUUCUGUUACGCCAGGUCCAGACUACAUGAUUUAAGCGUGAUAAGAACAGCCCGACCCAACAGUCUUAGAGUGUCGCAACCUGCUCAGUCUGUAGACUUUAUAGUGGGAUGAAGUCAUGAAAAUAAAACUCAGCUCUCUAGGCUCUGGGAAGGUUUGACGAAUACAAAAACCUCCAUGGAUUAAAAAUUCAUAACACCAAGGAGUGAUAACUGACCUGGUUUGUUCCAAGGCAUCCUGUCAGUAGUUUUACAGAUGUCUCUUUUAUCCUUGUGGUCCAUGGAGAAAAUGCUUUUUGGGCCUCGGGAACUUUUAACACAGUGCUGCAAGCAGCCUCUCGGAAAAAUUAGCAGCACCAAAUUCAGAUUUAAAUAAUAGACUCAUGGUCUAAGUAUUAUUACAAAGUCUGUAAUAAUAUCUACUCAACAUGACAGAAAUCAAUCCUGGGAAAAAAUAUUUUGUUUGAUAUUUUUAGUUUUUCGCUCAUGUCCCAUUCGCUAACAUGGAUGCAGUGGGAUUUAUGAUUUAUGCUGCAACCAGCUACCAGGGGGUGGUUGACUCAUGGUGGCUUCAGUUUUGGGAGCUGUCACAUUUCUAUUUUUAUUUACAGUCAGUCCACUAGCAUGCUAGAUCUAUUUCUACUUCUGCUGGUGUUAGGGCAAUGCUAACCAAUAAAGCACAGAUGUUGCAAAGAAACAUUAUUAGAAACCCUUGGGAUGCAGGACUGAAUCAUAUUCAUUAGCUCCUUGAGGCAACAAUAUCACAGUGAUACAGCUAAAGUUAGCAUAUUGGCUUCACAGUCAGCUUUAUGAAGUGCCCUGUAAGGGUUAGCUAGUUAGUUUUUAGUUUUACUACUGGUUUAGAACACUGUUACCUUUACAUCAAGUUCUCCAUGACAGACCACCUACGCUGCUCUUUGUGAAACCCACAGAUGGGUCCACAGUUGUUUUUUUACCAGCCAGUAUCAUACACACCACUUCAGUCACCAACCAGUGUUGACAUUCUUGUUCCCUCUUUCAGGGAGGUCAUGAAAGAUGACAAGCAGUGAUGUGUUGGGUACCCGUGUCUAGUCUGGCAUAUCUCAUAACAAGAAUCUAUGACUGUAUAAUUGUGUAAUUUGACACAUUGAUCAUCUUAUCAGACAAAAUGAUCAUGUAGUCUGGGCUCAGCAUUAUACUGCAUCAGACCAGGAUAACCGAGCCAGGGAAAGUAGUUGUUGAACUAAUGACGCUACAGUAUCUUCAGGGCCACUGUCUACUAACAUGUGCAAGACUCAAAUGCUUGAUAAUACUAGACAAAGAGCUGAACUUGGGAAUGCUGCGAAGUGGAAUUACCAGUAAACAUCUCAAAUGCAUCAGUGUAUGAAAGCCACCCAAACACCCAUCCACUCACUGUGGUGCAUCACAUUAAAUGUGCUAAACCUGAUCUAUUUGCACUAAAACUGGGUUGUUCACAGUUUCCUUAUGGAAGAAGAGCACCAGUGCAGCAGCUGUGUGUAAAGCACCUAGUGUGACUCAAAACGACAUGUAUUAUUACAACAUUCUUAUGGCAUACAGUCAUCACAUGAUGUCCUCUAAAUUAUAGAGGGCCAUUCGAGAUCUGACACAACUGUUGGUUCAGUUGUUACUCAAAUGAUUUUUUUUUUUAAUCUAUGUUAUACAGUCACAGAAUGUUGACAUUACACACCCAAAUAUAGCUCAGGAGCCUAAUUGGGAUGCCUCCCCUGAGACCACGUAUAUUCUCUCACAGUAAAGGUCAGCGGUCUCAGGAACUAGAAGUGAUGUGUGUUUGGGUGCAUAGCAUAAAAUCAUGUAAAUGUGAGUGUCUGCUUGCUUGGCAGGGUAAAAUCAUGAGCUGGAAAAUCAUGAUAAAUUUUGCACAUUAUUUUUUUAUC